AAUUUUGUCAUCUCCUCCGUCUGACUCCCUUGCUUUGAUCUUUCUAGUUUCUUGGGCCAGCUUUGCUCACACCCACUAGUCUAGCCUCCAGGCCACUGGCCCGUCAAGAACACGUGCCUCUGGUUGGCGGUGCUAAGGGGCGCUGGGGCCGAGCCCAGCAUGUCCGCCAAGGUGCCUAUCUACCUAAAGCGUGGCAGCCGCAAGGGCAAGAAGGAGAAGCUGCGGGACCUGCUCUCAUCCGACAUGAUCAGCCCGCCCCUAGGGGACUUCCGCCACACCAUCCACAUUGGCAGUGGCGGGGACGGCGACAUGUUUGGGGACAUCUCCUUCCUGCAGGGCAAGUUCCACCUCCUGCCGGGCACGGCCGAGGAGGGGUCCAGUGACCUUGCCUUCCAGUUCACCCACACGGGGGUUGCUGCUACCACCACUGGCACCUUGCGUGGGCGCGAGCUCCCAGAUGGGCUGUCCCCGCUGCUCAAGAACGCCAUCUCCUUGCCGGCCAUGGGUGGGCCCCAGGCGCUCACCCUGCCUGCAGCUCAGGCUCCCCCCAAGCCGCCUCGCCUGCACCUGGAGAGCCCCCCACGUUCCCCAGAGCCCUCCCCAUCGGAGGCAGAUGGCUUGGUGCUCUGGAGGCCCCCGGAAGCUGGUUCGUCCCUCAAUGGGCUGCCCCCUGGGUCGGGCGCCGAAGAGCCUUUCUUGUCCCACGCCAGCUCCCUGCUGUCCCUGCACGUGGACCUGGGGCCCUCCAUCCUGGACGACGUCCUUCAGAUCAUGGAACAGGACCUGGGCAAAGUACAGAUCCCCACGUAGGACCUGCAGCUGGGAUGAUGCCAGGAGGCGGGGUGUGGGCCAGUUCCCCUCCCCCCACCCCGGCUGAGGCACUGUGGUGCCCAGGGAUACCCACGUGGUCUAUUCUCCUUUUGAGCCUUGCUUACUACCGCCUUCCAUCCUCCCCCCAGGGGCAAUGUGGGCCUUGUUGCUUCCCCCUAAUAGCCCACAAGGACACAGACACAAGUCAGACCCCUGGGGGCCACCACGGGGGU